CUCUGUUUUCCCUUCCUUUCUCUUCUCCCAAACACCAAAACGGAGUAAUUUCGCGGUAAUCCGAAAUUUCGGCUUCUCUCUCUGUUUUCUCGUUUAUUUCCAUUUGUGAGAAUUUUCUUUUCCCUCUUCUGUUUUCAGAUUGCUUCUCACCAUCUCCCUCCUCCCUGUGUCCCGAAUCCUUGCUACAUUGCUUCCUUCUAGCAUUUCUCUAUCUGCAUAUCUUCUAGGGUUCUGAAUCAGGCGUGGAGUUCUUUACGAUGCCGUUUCUCUCUCUGUCCUGCACAGCCGAUUCUAAUUCUCCAAUCUCUUUUUCUUUCCUUGUCUUGUGAAUCUGGUGGUUUGCUUAUUAUUAAUUUUUCUUUCUGGAGUUUUCUUCUUCUUCUUCUAUUUCUCUGAGAAUUUGCGAGGGAAAAAGUUGUAGUAUGAUUCUGAUAGAAGUUUGAAAUCACGAAUUAACCGGCGAAAUGGAUUCAGCGAGGAGCUGGUUUCACAAGUUUCAGCCUCGGGACAAAAUGAGGUCCACCACGAGGCGGAAGGAGCCCGGUGAGGGCGGCGGUGGCGACAGCAGAGAUGAUUUCCCUAGGGACGACGAUGAAGCUCUCUCCAACACCACUAAGCAGAAAGUUGCCGCCGCCAAGCAGUACAUUGAGAACCAUUACAAGGAGCAGAUGAAGAAUCUCCAGGAGCGCAAGGAGCGUCGGAACUUGUUGGAGAGGAAAUUGGCUGAUGCUGAUGUAUCCGAGGAGGAUCAGAAUAACCUGCUGAAAUUCUUGGAGCAGAAGGAAACUGAAUACAUGCGCCUUCAAAGGCAUAAAAUGGGCGUCGAAGACUUUGAACUUUUGACAAUGAUUGGCAAAGGCGCGUUUGGAGAGGUUAGAGUCUGCAGGGAAAAGACAACUGGCCAUGUUUUUGCUAUGAAAAAGCUCAAGAAAUCAGAGAUGCUCCGUAGAGGCCAGGUUGAACAUGUGAAAGCUGAAAGAAAUCUGCUUGCAGAGGUUGACAGCAACUGUAUUGUCAAAUUAUACUGCUCUUUCCAAGACGAGGAGUUUCUUUACCUUAUUAUGGAAUAUUUGCCUGGUGGAGACAUGAUGACGUUGCUUAUGAGAAAAGACACCCUGACAGAAUAUGAAGCUCAAUUUUAUGUUGCGGAAACUGUUUUGGCUAUUGAGUCUAUUCACAGGCAUAAUUACAUCCAUAGGUUUGUGCUUAAAGGCAAUUUGUGCAGGGAUAUCAAGCCUGAUAACUUACUUCUUGAUAGACAUGGUCACUUGAGACUGUCUGAUUUUGGUCUAUGUAAACCACUAGACUGUAGUACCAUCCAGGAAGGAGAUUUUUCAGUGGUCAACAACCCUAAUGGGGCUACACAAAAUGAGGACCGCUCAGCAGCUCCAAAGCGCACUCAGCAAGAGCAAUUACAGCAUUGGCAGAAGAAUCGGAGGACCCUGGCUUAUUCCACUGUGGGCACACCUGACUACAUCGCUCCAGAAGUGCUUUUGAAGAAAGGGUACGGAAUGGAAUGUGACUGGUGGUCACUUGGAGCAAUCAUGUACGAAAUGCUUGUGGGUUAUCCACCUUUUUAUUCGGAUGAUCCGAUGUCAACAUGUAGGAAGAUAGUAAACUGGAAAACCCAUUUGAAAUUUCCGGAAGAAGCAAAAUUAUCUCCAGAGGCAAAGGACCUCAUUAGCAAACUCUUGUGCAAUGUCAACCAGAGAUUAGGAACAAAUGGUGCAGAUGAAAUAAAGGAACAUCCAUUCUUCAAUGGAGUUGACUGGAAUAAUAUUUACCACAUGGAAGCUGCCUUUACUCCGGAGGUCAAUGAUGAGCUGGACACACAAAACUUUGAAAAGUUUGAGGAGUCGGAGCACCAUCCCCAAACAUCGUCUAAAACUGGUCCAUGGAGAAAGAUGCUUUCCUCCAAGGACCUAAAUUUUGUGGGAUACACUUACAAAAACUUCGAAAUUGUGAAUGAUUAUCAAGUACCCGGAAUGGCUGAACUGAAAAAGAAAGAUACAAAGCCAAAGAGGCCGUCUGUGAAGUCGCUUUUUGAAGGAGAGUCAGAAACGUCAGAAUCAUCAGAAACAACCACGAGCGAUCAACCACCGGGUCAGGGGAGCUUUCUGAACAUGUUGCCUCCAGAACUGGAAGUUACUCCGAAACAGCAUGAUGCUGUUUAAUCCAGGCUCCCUUCUGCUGACCUUACAGACUGCAUUGCCUUGUGACUUAUAACUCGUUUUUUCGGCACUCCCACUCCCUUCGAGCAAUCAACCAAUCCGGGUUGGUAGUGAAGACAUUAGACAUUCAUUUGACGCCUCUCCAACCAAGCCUGCUGCGUCUGUUGCUCCAACUUCUGUGAGUUGCCUGUUGGAAAGUCCUUGGUUUCUGGCGGAAGUAGUUGAGCUUGUAAAGUUUAUGGACCCUGCCUGGAUACGAGGACUAUAGCACAAAGUUCCUUCCAAAGAAUUGCAGAAGUCUCAGUAGAAUACUUGUAACACUAGCUACGAUCAACCCUGCUAUGCAAAAUCACUCUAAAGUUAAUUUUUCGUUUUCACCCUCCUCGUUAGCUUGACUUCUUGUGUAGAAAAGAAUAAAAUGAAGGGUUAUCUCUUUCAUUGCCAGUUAAUUUGUCAAGAUGUAAAUGAAUAAUCUGUUGCUUCUUUCUGGUAGAGUCAGUCGUUUGAAUGUUUCAAUCUUGCGAAGUCAAAAAGGGACACCAUUUUCCUUUGCUUCUUCCUUCAGUUCCUUGUUUCGUUACCCUUUUUCCAAGUGCCAGAUUUUGGGCU